GAACAUGGCUGAAGGCAGCCGGGACGGCCCAGCGAGCGGCGGGAUGGGUGGCAGGCAGGACCCAGUCCCUAGCAGUGGCGGCUGCAACUUUCCAGAGUACGAGCUUCCUGAGCUAAUCACGCGCGCUUUCCACGUGGGCGCCUUCGGGGAGCUGUGGCAUAGCCGGCUGCGCGGGGAAGGGGACUUGUCGCUGAAGGAGCCGCCGGCACCGGUGCUGUCCGGGGGCCGAGGGGUCGCCGACUCCGGCCGGGAGCAUGCCGCCGUGGCCCGGGAUUUGGGCUGCAGCCUGGAAGCGGCAGCCGAGCUGAGGGCGGUGUGCGGCCUUGAUAAACUGAAGUGCCUUGAGGAAGGGGAGGAUCCAGAAGUCAUCCCAGAAAAUACUGACCUAGUGACUUUGGGGGUUAGAAAAAGGCUUCUGGAACACCGAGAAGAAACCAUAACGAUAGAUCGGGUCUGCAGACAAGAAACAUUUGCUUAUGAGAUGGAGUCACAUGCCAUAGGAAAAAAGCCUGAAAAUCUAGCAGAUAUGAUUGAAGAAGGAGAGCUUAUCCUAUCUGUGAAUAUCUUGUACCCUGUUAUAUUUCAUAAGCACAAAGAACACAAACCAUACCAGACAAUGCUGGUAUUGGGAAGUCAAAAGCUCACAGAACUGAGGGAUUCAAUUUGCUGUGUCAGUGACCUCCAGAUUGGUGGCGAAUUCAGCAACACUCCUGACCAAGCCCCUGAGCACAUCAGCAAAGACCUAUACAAAUCUGCCUUCUUUUAUUUUGAAGGAACAUUUUACAAUGAUAAAAGAUACCCUGAGUGCAGAGAUUUGAGCAGAACCAUCAUUGAGUGGUCAGAGUCCCAUGAUAGAGGCUAUGGAAAGUUUCAGACUGCUAAGAUGGAAGAUUUCACCUUCAAUGACUUGUAUAUUAAACUAGGUUUUCCUUACUUAUACUGUCACCAGGGAGACUGUGAACAUGUUGUUGUCAUUACUGACAUAAGGCUUGUGCAUCAUGAUGACUGUCUCGAUAGGACACUUUAUCCCCUUCUUAUCAAGAAGCAUUGGCUCUGGACCAGAAAAUGUUUUGUUUGUAAAAUGUACACAGCUAGAUGGGUGACGAACAAUGACAGUUUUGCACCAGAGGACCCAUGUUUCUUUUGUGAUGUUUGCUUCCGAAUGCUCCACUAUGAUUCAGAAGGCAACAAACUGGGGGAAUUCCUCGCUUAUCCUUAUGUUGAUCCUGGAACCUUUAAUUAAUAUCAAAAAGUGUACCCUUGUGAAAUAACUGUCCCCUUGGAUGGUUACUUUACUUCCAAGAAAUGUUCCAAGGAACGGGAUCCACCUGAAACAAUCAAAGUUACCAGCCCUGCAAAAAAAGUUCAAAUCACAGGUCUUAUUAAGCAACUUGAAUGUAUAUAAAUGUUUUGAAAUAUAUUAAAUUAUUUUAGUAUUUAUA